GUCUCUUACUGCAUGCCAUCUCCUUUGGCUUGUUCACGUGGGAAUUGAAGUUGCAUGGCAUCUUAACGUUACCUUGGUCUUCACCUUCACGUGGAUGGUGCCUUGCAGUAGCAGACAAAGGUCUUUGUUUCCAAUGCUUCCAAAUUCCAAAGCUGCAUGAAAAUAUUUCCAAAGCUGCAGAAGAUUGUUUCAGACUUUCAGUCUCAUUAGAUUCACAGAAAUGGAAGUGGCGGUCAACACCAAGAACAGCUACGAUACGGCAGCGAAGGCGGUGGCGAUGGACUUCCUGACGAAAAAGGCCUACACUCCUCCUCCGUGGGCAUCGCAUAUCGACUCCAUCCCUUCCCACACCGUCUCUCUUGGACAAUUUCCAACUCCAAUUCAUAAAUGGAAUCUUCCCAAUUUGCCACCCAACACCGGGGUCUGGUUAAAGCGUGAUGACCUUUCGGGAAUGCAAGUGGGCGGUAACAAAAUCAGAAAAUUGGAAUUCUUGAUAGCGGAUGCCGUGGCAAAGGGUGCUGACUGUGUCAUUACGAUAGGGGGCAUCCAAAGCAACCAUUGUUGUGCAACUGCAGUGGCUGCCAAGUAUCUCAACCUUGACUCUUAUCUCAUGCUAGCUACCCCUAAGGCUCUCUUGGAUAAAAAUCCUGGACUGACAGGCAAUCUCCUCAUCGAUCAUUUAGUUGGAGCUCAUGUUGUAUUGAUUGCAAAAGAAGACUGGAUAAAAUUCGGCCAAGAAGCUGUAACUAAUCCUUUAAAGGAAAAACUGCUUAAAGAAGGAAGAAGGCCAUAUGUUAUUCCUGCCGGUGGGUCAAACGCUCUAGGAACCUGGGGCUAUAUUGAAGCGAUUCGAGAGAUUGAGCAGCAGCUUCAGAGCCUGCCAGGAAAGUUUAAGCUUGAUGAUAUAGUUGCUGCUUGUGGCAGUGGGGGUACAAUUGCCGGAUUGUCAUUGGGCUCUUGGUUGAGUUCGUUGAAGGCAAAAGUUCAUGCAUUUGCUGUGGCUAGCAACCCUGAUAACUUCUACAACUUUGUUCAGGGCAUAUUCAAUGGAGCUGGGGCAGGCGUUGAUUCGCACGAUAUUCUUGACGUUCAAGAUGCGAAAGGUCUAGGCUAUGCAAUUACCACCCCUGAGGAGCUUAAUUUUGUCAAGGAGAUUGCUGCGACCACUGGGGUUGUUCUUGAUCCAGUUUACACUGGCAAAGCUGCUUAUGGAAUGAUGAAAGACAUGGCUGAGAAUCCAAAGAAGUGGGAAGGAAGAAAUAUCCUGUUCAUACACUCGGGCGGGUUACUUGGGUUGUACGACAAGGUAGAGCAGAUGGCUCCAUUGUUGGGAAAUUGGCGUCGGAUGGAUGUCAACGAAUAUGUUCCCCGGGGGGUUGAUGAUAUUGGGAAAAUGUUCUAAGGCUCGAGAUAAAUCAACCGACAGAGGGAGGAGAUCAAAAUCCUCAAUCAAAAUGUAUGUUAUGUUACACAAGACUAGUUAUGGGCUUGUGCUUUGAUGGUGUAUUGCUUGUUAAUGGAAGUAUAACUGGUAUUUGUCGCAUGUAUAAAGUGAAUGGAUGUUUAGAUUAGGAUAAUGGCUAAAUUUGUAGACAAAAUUUUGUAAACUAAAUAACAUGAAAGUUGACGAU